UUCCACACCAUUGUCUAAGGGAAGCCCCAGGCAGCCCCUCCAGCCCACACCAUGGUGCACUGGACAGGCGAAGAGAAGCAGCUCAUCACCAGCACCUGGGGCAAGGUCAAUGUGGCCGACUGUGGUGCUGAGGCCCUGGCCAGGCUGCUGAUCGUCUACCCCUGGACACAGAGGUUCUUUGCUUCCUUCGGGAACCUCUCCAGCCCCACUGCCAUCCUUGGCAACCCCAUGGUCCGUGCCCACGGCAAGAAAGUGCUCACCUCCUUCGGGGAAGCUGUCAAGAACCUGGAUGGCAUCAAGAAAUCUUUUGCCCAGCUGAGCAAACUCCACUGUGACAAGCUGCACGUGGACCCCGAGAACUUCAGGCUCCUGGGUGACAUCCUCAUCAUCGUCCUGGCUUCCCACUUCGGCAAGGACUUCACCCCUGGCUGCCAGGCUGCCUGGCAGAAGCUGGUCCGUGUGGUGGCCCACGGUCUGGGCCACGAGUACCACUGAGCCUCCCACCAGCACUCCUGCCUGCAGCAGCUCCUCCUGGCUCCAUGGGGAAACACCCCUCUGGUUCUGCUGGUCUCUAAUUGACAAAUAAAACACCAAAUGCUCCAAGCCA